CAUAUGUUUAUAUGAUUGAAUAAUGGCGUAGAAUGAAGUCAAGAAUACAACUCAGCUGGUCCGCUUUGAUUGACUGUGAAAACAUCAUCCGAUAGUGGUGUGGAGGAGAUUGGCGCGUUCCGCUAUGGCUGAAAAUGCUUUCUCUGUGCUCUCCGACGACAUCAUUCUCAACAUUUUCUACAAGCUCGAGGACGACCCUCGCUACUGGGCACGCCUCGCCUGCGUCUCCACCAAAUUCUCCUCUCUCAUCCGCGACCUCUGCUGCAAAUCCAGGUGCUCUCAGGCCAUUCCCGCAGUCGUCUCCGAUCUUCUCUCCGCCGCCGCCGCGGCAGCAGCCCCGCCUGGCGGUUGGGCUGCUCUCUACAAGCUGGCCUUCUGCUGCCCGGGCCUCCUCCACUCCGGUGUGCUCUUGGAGAAUUCCGAUUUCGGACUCGAACGCGAGCUCGGAGCCGAUGAGAAUUUCACAGAACCACCCGACUUGUCUCAAUCUGGUGGAUCCGGAUCCCAAAAUCCGCCUUCUUUGGCCCAGGUGGAUCCGGAUUCUGAACAAUCCGGUUGGUCUUUGUUUGACGAUCUGAUGUUUGAUACAAUCUGCGACGUCUCUGAAUCGUCCCAAGAUCUGCCGCAUGAGAUCGAGGCGCAAACAAAAUCGGCGAGUCCGAGCGGCGUUUUUCCCUCAUGUACUAUUAAGAGAAGAAAAACCGUCGUCGGAUCUAAGAGAAGAAAAAUCGCCAGAUCUUGUUCUCAUCUGGCGACUGGUCCGUGGAAUUUGAGUCGCGAGCAGGGGAUUAAGCUUCUGGCGAGCCGAUUCAGAGAGGAUUGUCUGUACAUCUGCGAUUGGCCGGGGUGCCUUCAUCUGGAGCAGAAGCGAAACUACAUGCUUUUCCGAGGAAUCUUCAAGAAUUUCAAGCAGUCAAGGGUGUGGAGGACAAUCAACGAUGGGAACAGGAAAAAGAUAGAUCUGAAUUGUGCAUUCUGUAAUUCCAAACAGACAUGGGACUUGCAUUCCGCUUUCUGUCUGAGAAGGUAUUUCGGGUUCCACGACGAUGGUGAGCCGGUUGUUCGUGCCUAUGUUUGCGAGAAUGGACAUGUUUCAGGUGCCUGGACUGACUGGUCCUUGUAUACUUGAAUGAAUCACCUGCUUUGCUUCUCUAAAACCUGGUACUUUCAAUAUUAUUAUUAUUGGAGUUCAUAUCUUGUGAUCUAGUACCGCCAUGGAUGCUGAAUUGUUGAUUCAUAUCAGCAAUUCUUGUUUCUGGUGAUGUGGUUUAUGUUCCUAUUUCAGCAUGUUUUCUUCUUGUUCUUCUAUUCAAAUGUCUUGCUUAUUGAGUAUCAAUGGUGAACAGCUAUAUCCAUGUUUAUAGCUCACCAAAACUGAUAUUAUUGAAGGUUUGCACUGCACUUUUGUUGAUUUGGAUGGAUUGGAUUGGAUAGUUCAACUGUCCAAGUGCAAACUGCAAACACCCCCUUUGCAAUUAUUAUAUAUGUUUCUUUACAUUUCUUUAUUUCA